CGCAGUAGUGAGCAGCGCUGAAAUUCAAAUUUGAAGUUGUUUUUGUGCAGAAAGCGAGAAGAGGAAGUGAAGAGAAGAGAAGAGAAGAGCAGCGUGCCUCGCAUACGUCCUGUCUGUGAGCACAUAGUGCGUGCUGCACUUAAACUGCAUUCUUGAACUAUUAAAAUAUCCAUCUAAAGGGAGUAACUGGCCGAAAUGGAUCCAUUUACUGAGAAACUGUUGGAGCGGACCCGCGCUCGCAGAGAAAAUCUGCAGAAGAAAAUGGCAGACAGACCAAAUGCAGCAAACAGACAGAUGGUCAAACGGCCCAGAGAGCCGCUGGCUGACACCAAUAGUGUGAUCAGUGAGCCAGUCAGCGAUAAUGUUCCACAGGUGAACGCCAAGCCUUCUCCCUCCAAGCGCAGGUGCUCAGAGGAAAAUGUCUCGGCUGCGGCCGGUGAGGAAAACCAGGAGCCAAUGACGACACGAGCUGUGGCUCCUAUGCUCACUGAUCCUCCCACAGACAAGAAACCUCCGUCGGGGCCUGCCAGCGUUCGUCUUAGCUCCUCCCUGGAGAAGACUGCUACCCGGCCUGCUCUCCAGCCUCAGCCAGGGCAGCUGAAAAGACCAGAGCCAGAGAAAAUGACUAUCACCCCAACUCCUAAGCCUCCAAGCAGCAGAGAUGUAGAGAUGGUGCCUGCCAGUUCAGCCAUAAAGGGGAACAAGGAGGACCUGGAGGAAGUCACAGCUCCACCUGCUGCUGGCAUGAAGUCUCGUCUGCAGAGGCUAGCACAGCAGAGAAAGUAUUGGGAUGGCGAUGACUCCUCUGAUGCAGUUCCAGACUGCACCCCCCUGUCCCCAGUGAAGAAACAGGCUGAGGUCCCACCAGCUGCCCCCACCGCGUCCUCAGAAACCCCGGUUGGGAGGAAAGGCAGACUCGCCAACCUCGCUGCCACCAUUGGAUCCUGGGAAGAUGACCUUAGCCACGCUAACAUUCCCAUUGUGACUGAAAAAGAGAGGCCUGGUAAAGCUGUUCAUAAGUUGGCAGUCAGAGACGCCGCUGUGGCUGCCAGCACUAAACCAAGUGCUGCAGGCCAUGUGGCGGCCAGUUCAACUGCAAGCAGCAAGUCUACACCCAGCUCUCAGGUUCUGAAUGGUCCAGCAAAGCCGAGCCGAGUGGUUCUCCCAAGCCCUCAGAAGGCUGACAUUCCUGCAGCCAGGCCAGCACUUAGGUCAGGAACCAGUCCUCAGAAGAGUUCCAAUCAGGGGGUGACCUUCCCCUCUAGUCCUCAGAAGAGUUCCAAUCAGGGGGUGACCUUCCCCUCUAGUCCUCAGAAGAGUUCCCUCCAAGGAAAAGCCUUCCCAUCUAGUCCCCAGAAGGCCACUCCCUCCUCCUCCACAUCAGUGCCUCAAAGUCCCCUGAAGAAUCAGGCCCUCUCCAGGGGUCUCACCUCCAGCCCCCAGAAGCCAGAACUCCGUGCCAAGCCAAGCACUGCUGGCCCCUCAGUUGCUCAGGAAAAGGCCACUGCAGGAGCACCUGGUGUAAAAUCUUUUCUGGAGCGCUUCGGAGAGAAGUGCCAAGAGCGUAACAACCACAGCUCCCCAUCUGGGGCUGCUUCCCAAUCCAAGACUCCCACUGUAACUCCAUCAGCAGUCACACCAAACACCAGACUGGUACAGGAGAGACUCAAAGCUGCCCGAGCUGCAAACACAACCACUGCUGAUCUCACCCAAAAACAGAAGCUGGAGCGAGAGUCUGAGCUGGCUCAGAUUCGUAGUCGCUUUCAGAGGGGGAACAACAACAUGUGGAAAAACCAAGAUGGAGCAGCAGAAAGCGAUAAAAAUACAGACAUCAAGGAACAGCUUGCCAAGCCCGUGGAGGCUGAAGUUCCCCUAUGUGAGCCACAGGAUGAACCCACAGCACCUUCUACUGAGUGUAUCGACACACCCACAAAGUGCAUUCCUCCAGCAGGUCCUGGCUUGAUGCUCUCUCCUCCCAACUCGACCUCCAGUCCACUGAGGGUGGUCGGCCAUACUGUAGAGAAAAGAACUGAUGAAACCCCAGAAGAAGAAAAAGAAGAGGAAGUGGUCAAGGAGAUAGAGAUGAAUGUGGACCAGUCCAUCAACUCUGCUGUUAUCAACGAUCUGUUUGAUAGAGCCCUGGACCAGAGUGAUGAUGAUGAUGAGGAGGAGGAGGAAGAUCCUUUGAAUAUCUCCUCCAUGUCCAUCCUCACUCCACUAGCAGAGACUGUGGCUGCUGUGGUGAAGAGUCCAGAGAGAAGAAUGAUGACGUCAACGCCAGCCAGCUCAUUCAUGGUAAAGAGCAACACUCCAGGCAAUGUUUCCAAACCCAGCAAGUUCCAGAGAACCAACAUCAUACGGACCGCCUCCUCAGAGGCCUUGGACGACAACCACAAACUGCCAUAUAGCAUUGAUGCCUAUAGGUCCACCAGGGUGAAAGAGACCGAGAGACCCACCGUGAAACAGGUGAUUGUAAGAAACGAGGACGUUUCUAACAGAGGAGAGGAACCGAGAGGAUCCGGUCUAUCCAGUAUCAAACAGAGGAUGAAGGUUCUGACAAAUGACAUGAACCUGCAACAGACAAUCAUUCAUCAGGCCAGCCAGGCACUGAAUUGCUGCACAGAUGAAGAGCACGGCAAAGGAUCCCAGGUGGAGGCUGAGGCAGAGAGGCUGCUGCUGGUAGCAACUGAGAAGAGGGAGGCGUUGAAGGCGGAGCUGGACCGUCUCAGAGGAGACCCAACAGGUCAGAAAAAGGCCUCCGCAGCUCCAAAACCUUCCAGCAUGUCUGCCUCCAAAGGAUCCAUCACCCUGCAGGAGUUCCGUCUGCCUCUCAAGGCAGACUUUGUUUGCUCCAUUGCCAACAAGCCAGAGUCGACCAAACAUUCCUUCUUCAUGAUGAUUCGUGCUGGAGCAGAGAACACUGUGGCCACACCGUUAGCCAGCACACACCGCGGCCUCAGUGGAGACACCCUGGCUUUCCCCACCAAGUUCACCAUAUCUGAUGUCUCCAGUGACUUUGGAAUUGAUAUUGAGGUCUAUAGCUUGGUGCAGAAACGUGAUGUUGGCAGUGAGAAGAAGAAGAAACCCAGCAAGUCAAAGAUAAUAUGGAGACAGGUCCAUGAGGCCCAUUAUAUGUGUAUGUCGGCGAUCACUCCAAAGAGAUUCCUCGCCAUCACUAAAAGUGUCCAGACACCAGUUGUUGCCAGUCCAGGAGGCCCCAAUUCUGUUCGCACCAGUAACUUCGUCCUGGUCGGAUCACACAAGCUCACCCUGUCCUCUAUCGGGAUAAACAAGUUUCCUUUGGAGAAGAUCAAAUAUGAAGGAAGUGAAAGAGAACUACUCAGUGAAAUGUUUCAUACCAAGGUGCCGUUCUUGUGCCCUCUGGAGGGCCACGUCUACCUCAAGAUGCAGUGUGAAGUCGGCUCCAAAGUGGAGGAGAAGGGCUUCCUGACGAUGUUUGAAGAUGUUAGUGGAUUUGGAUCCUGGCACAGGAGGUGGUGUGUCCUGUCAGGAUACUGCAUCUCCUACUGGACCUACCCAGACGACGAGAAGCGCAAGAAUCCCAUUGGGCGCAUCAACCUGGCUAACUGCACCAGUCAGAAGGUGGAACCGGCCAACAGAGAGUUUUGUGCCCGACCCAACACAUUUGAGCUCAUCACAGUCAGACCACAAAGAGAGGACGACAAAGAAACUCUGGUCAGCCAGUGCCAGAACACCAUGUGUGUCACCAAGAACUGGCUGAGUGCAGACACUAAGGACGAGAGGAAUCUGUGGAUGAAGAAACUGAACCAGAUUGUGGUGGAUCUGCGUAUGUGGCAACCAGACGCCUGUUACAGGCCACUGUAAUUACUGCGCUCUGUCACAAACAGCCCUUCUAUCUUUUGGACUGUCGAUAUCUAUAUUACAAAGUGCAAUACAGUAUAAGAAUGAUUAAAUGUUAUCGAUAAUCAGACACAUAAGUUCAAGAUCAGAGGAGUAGUAAAAUAAAGCCAUUGAGACAUUUCAGGACAGUAUUUUGUGUAGGAGUCGGGGGUCGGCACUAUAUUUUUUAUACGUUUCCAGACUGGUUUGAUAUUUUCUAAUGUUUCGGGUGUUGAGUUGCCGCAUUUUUAUGUUAAUGCCAAUAUUUAGUGUCCUUGACACACAAUGCAUGGCUUUAAAUUAUUUGGUUUCAAGGCUGAAAUCAAUGUAUAUAAGUUUUAUUGAAGUUACAGAUGAAUGCUAAUUUGAGGCACCACAGUUUUAUCACAUUUUAUCCUGCAUGACAGCACAGAACAAUAUUGAUACUCUCGGAAAGUUUUUUACUUUAUAUAUUAGCUUUCAUAACUUGUGGGAAGAUAAACACGUGGUUUUUUUUUUUCUUCAUUGUCAUGAAGUUUACCCCAGCUUUCCUUAUAAUUGUAAUGUUAGUUAAGUGUGUAUGUCUUUGUUUCAGUAUGAAAGUUUGAGUUUUAGAGAACUGAGCGUAAGGUCUGUUACAUAGUCUACUCUAGAACCUGAUCAACACUGAUUUUUAUGUAAAUGCAUAACUAUCAUUUUUGAUAUUGGUCCAAUUUUGGAUCAAACUUAUAUUUCAGUGGAUAAACCAAAGCAUUUUUUUACAGUGUAAACAUUUAUUGUCAGUGCUCUUUGGUGGACAAACAUCUGUAAGUCCCCUUAAACACAUCUUACUGCAGUUUAAUACAUCUUGGCAUAUAUGCUGGAACCUGUAUAUUUGUUUUAACGUAUUGGCCUGCUUAUAUAUAAGCCUGUUUUUAUGCUUUACCUGGUGUUUUAAAAAAAUGGCUCAUCUACUCAAGAUAUUUUGUUCUAUCCUCAGAUUGGCAUUUUUGCUGUGUGGCAAUGGUCUAAAUUCUCAAAGGCUGCAAACACAGUCUUUUGAAAACAAUAUGGCAGGCUCAUGUACCCUGUACAAUUUGUCAAAAAGCAGAGUUAUUUAUUUUAAAAGGAGACAGACUUUUUUAUUUUUAGUUGCUCUAUAAGGAGAUGUCUGAAGUACGUGUUGUUGCGGAAAACAAUGCGAUCUAAAAACAUUUUAGACUUAAUAUUUUCCCCUCACACGUCUGUGUUGCUAAUGGAGUAUGUAACAGACUUUUCAGUGACCCUGCAGGUGUUGGUAAAUGUUAUUUCAGAUUGAUGGAUUUUCACUUCCGUCCAGGUAAAAAACAGCGCUUUUUUCAUCAUGUAGCUAAUGAAUACAAAGUACACCAGAUGUGUUGUUUCUGCAUACGCUCUACAUAUGUUUUCAUCAUGAGGAAGCAGGAAAUAUAUUGGUGCUUUCAGCGGGUACUUUAUCAGACUUCAGGUCUUCACUUUGUUAGGUAACUUUGUGGUUCUAUGAAACUUCAAUAAAUGCCUGCUUUGACCAAA